UUCCCUAUGUGCAACUAUGUAGCGCGGGCAUGUCCGGUAGCAUCAUCCGUGUGCAGCGGCGCAACUGGGGGCCUGUGCCGCAGUCCACGGCUUUGUACACCCACUUGUGUGCCAUUUGCCCGCAGCUUCGCCUUAUAUCACGCGCUGCUUCCCUUUAAAUGCCCUCUGUGUGUAUUGCUAUAGGGUGUCGUGUAGAAUGUGGGGAUAGAUCUGCAUCCAGAGACCACAUCCUGCCGUGUAUUACCCUAAGGGUGGUAACCCCAUUUGGAAAAAGGACCCACGCCUAUUCCAAGAGAGGUUAUCGGAUUUUCCAAAGAUGGUCAUGGAGAAGGAGCAGAUGGCCGAAGCCAUAUUAAAUCAUACCUUGGAGAUCAUCAGUUUGUUGACUGUAGAGGAUUAUAUGAUUGUGAAGAGACAUACCGACAAGAGCCAAUGCACCUAUAGCAUUAUUUCCACAGAUAGCAGGCAGCCAAGUCUUUCACUUACGCUCCAGGGAAUGGAGGACAGGAGUCAAAAGAAGCUCCUGGAGUUGGCCAACAAGAUUAUCCAGAUAUUGUCGAGUGAGGUGCCUAUAAAGUGUGAGGAUGUUGCUGUAUACUUCUCCAGGGAUGAAUGGGAAUAUCUAGAGGGACACAAGGAGCAGUAUGACCCCAAACAGAUCAACAGUCUAGAUGAACCACCACUGACCCCAAGCCACCAGAGGACUGAGGAUAAUGGCUAUGUCCUACGCCAUAUCAAAGAGGAGCCAGAUGAUGGAGAAUACACAGGUGGGGCCAGUCAGCGGCCUUCAUCAUACAACAUCAGUAAAAAUGCAGAAACAAAAUCUCACCAUCGGGCCUCAUCCCCGGCGUCGGCAGAUCGUCAUGCAGAUGAUUAUGGCUGUAUUUCCACCGUUUAUGUCAAAUUGGAGCCUGUGGAAAGCUGUGACGAGAACACCAUGGAUGAUAGCAGUGCAGGGUCUUCUCAGUUCCCGCCUUCUCCAGAUCCUGAGCUUGAUUGCAAUCUUAAUAUUAAGAAAGAAGCCGAUGAAAGUAACGACUCCCAAGAUUUUGCAUCGGAUGACCAAGAUGAUUCAGAAGCAGGCCUCAAGCUCCUAGACGGGGACCAGGAAGUGUUGGCGGAAAUCGUCUACGAAUUGACAGACAGCAGCAAAAGAAGCCGGAAGUCAGAAUCAGAAAGGAAAAGUCCCUGUGAUAUGUGUGGGAAGAAGUUCGUCAGCAAGGCGUCCCUCGCCAGACAUGUGAAGACUCACACGGGAGAUAGACCGUAUCCAUGUCCAAUGUGUGGAAAGCGGUUCUCUUGUAAAAAUCACGUAUUGACCCAUCAGAGGACCCACACCGGGGAAAGACCUUUCUCCUGCGAUUUGUGUCCUCGGAAAUUCCUCAACCAUUCUCACCUCGUUCUCCACCAGGUGGUCCACACAAGAGAAAAGCCUUUCUCCUGUCCGGACUGUGGCAAAGGGUUCACUCGGCAAUCAAGCGUCAACAAGCACAUUGGCAUCCACGCAGAAAAGAAGCCAUUCGUGUGCAAGGAGUGUGGCAAGAGCUACUGCCAAUACGCCAACCUGGUUGUCCACCAGCGGCUGCACUCUGGCGAGAAGCCUUACACCUGCAAGCACUGCGAGAGGGCAUUUAUAUGUAAAGCAACUAUGAAUAGGCACGAAAUGACUCACACCAAGGAGAGGCCCUUCCCCUGCCCACAUUGCAGUAAAUGUUUUAGGGACAACGCGACCCUCUCCAAGCAUAAACGGAGUACUCAUGAAAAGAAGUGAUGGCAGGAAUGAAUAGGCCAUCCUCCAAGUUAUAUAUAUAUGGAUUAAGCAGAAGAAUGUCCUUGACGUUGAGGCACAUUACAUAGUUGCCCCGUUUCAGAUUCUGGAAGACCAAAAACCUUGAAGCUUCUUGUUUGGAGAGCGUACUUAGAAAACUUACAGUUGAUGACUUUUCGAUAGACUAGACUAGACUAGAAGAUGAGGAAUACGUCUAGAUACAGAGAACACUAAUGCUUGAUUCACAGGAGAGAGAACUUUAUUUUUUCUUCCUUCGACAGCAGUUGUGGGCGACAGGCACCCGGGAGGUACAAUGUCGUCCUUGUCGAGGACACCUGACGAGUGGGACUUCCCAUGUUUGGAUCUUUUUUCCUUGUGAUUCUGUGCAUUCUGUCCAGCUAGCUACUUUUCCUGGAUGGUGGUAUCUUCUCGCCAGCUUUACUUAGACAACUCUGCCUGUGCUCUGAUACACUACAGAAGUAAUGUGGGGCCAGGAGCUAUGUGUGAAGUCCCGGCAGAAGCAUACAGUUCAUCAGCACUGCUACCCAAUGUUCUAUUUCUAGCCUAACACAUUGAUGCUGUGAAAAUGUAUCAAUAAAGCUUGUUAUAGAUGUCUUCA